ACUGUAUGCGAAAUUUUGAGUACAUCGAGUGUGAAAUUUACCAACAAACUCGUACUCAAUAACCCGGCGACGACGAAUUUUGACUGAUGGCGUAAGCCAACAACGCGCGAGAAUGCAUAACGAAUAUCGUACUCGAAGUCGCUGCGAAACCUCCCGAUUAUCACUGGUGGAAAACCGACCUUAUGCCUGCGAAACCUGCGAGCUAUAUCUUAUUAUUUUCGCUUAAUUUAUCAGUCCCUUGACUGAGUUGUGACCGGUCACGGGGGAAUCUGCUACGAUCGAAUUCUGAAAAUCAGGCAAAUAGCUUCGUUCGAUUGAAAGAUGAUUGUUCUAAAACGUUCCUGAUCAAUCUAUUCAUUUGGCUCGAUGGAAGAAUUGUAUGACGUAAUUAUUGUUGGAGGAGGACCUAUGGGUCUCGCCGCCGCUUACGAAUGUAGUGUUAAAGAAGGAAAGAAAGUUCUUCUCCUCGAGCAGUUUAACAAUUUUGCCAACGCACACGGUUCAAGUCCUGGAUACAGUCGACAAUACCGCAUAGCAUAUUCUGAAAUGAAUUUGUGCGAUCUUGCUCUCAAGACCUACGAUAUGUGGAUGAAGCUCCAAAAAGAGAUGAACGACGAAAGUCUUCUUCAAGUAACAGGUUGUCUCUGGUUCGGUGAUUCCACUGUUGAGAGCGGCGAGGGAAACAUUGACCAAGCAAUUAAAAACCUCAAGAAACUUGGCCAAGAGGAGGGGAAGGAUUAUAUAGUUCUUGAAGGAAAGGAGGAAGUUAUGAAUGAUCCUAGGUUCAAAUUUGUCUCCAGCGCUGUGGCUGACAUCGAAAACGCGAAAGCUCUCUUUACGGGGAAAGGUGGAACUGUAAAUGUCCCCAGCGUUGUUCAACGUUAUGUUGAGAAAUUAACAGCAAGUAUGAAAGCAACGUUGAAACGUAAUGCGCGUGUAAUUAAGAUCGAUCAUUCCUUGGAGGAUAGUGUUAAAGUUACAGCACUGGUUGAUGGAAAUGAGAAAACCUACAAGGGUACAAAGAUCAUCCUCACCCCAGGCGCGUAUGUGAACGAAGCCUUGGACGCUCUAUCUCCCUGCUUCAAUCAACGUAUCAACCUGAUCAUCUACCUCUGGUGUUCCACUUAUUACACAAAGAAGAGAAAAAGUGCAUCAAACACCGAUCCAGCUCAAUGGCCUAUUUGGUAUUUCUUUGGACCUAAACCAAAAGAUGACGGUAGCGAUGCCCCGAAAGAUUACAACGAUUAUUACGGAUUCCCAAGCGAGUCUGGUAGUCCGGAAUACUUACGAGUUGCACCUGCGUAUACCUCACGUGAAGAAUUCGAUUUCUUGUUCUUUCCUCCCGAUGUGAACCAACGACCAGUCGAUGUGGACGCACUGAAAUUUACAACCGAUUUCGUGGAAAAGUCCAUGCCUGAUCUGACCCCGUCUAGCAAUGCGGACAAAGAAACAACGUGUAUCGCUGGUUUUGCGCAAUUGAAUAAUGAUGUUUCAGGACCCGACCAAGGUGCUGGUUUCGUUUUGGAUUUUCUGCCCAAGUCAAAGCGUAUCGUCGUGUUCACAGGUGGUUGGGCAAUGAAAUUUGUUCCAAUGAUUGGAAAGAUACUCGCUGAUCUGGCAAUUCGAGGAAAGACAGAAUACCAAGAUCUCAUCGACCCUAUGAAUAUAAACCGCGGAAUAUUGGUCGAUGUCAGUGAAUGCCAAGGCAAAAGUUUGAUGGUAUCCAAAAUGCCCGUUAUUCACAAAUGGAAAACAUUUCGAAAAAUUUGGUGUUGAAAUUAACUUUAUACUUUAGACUUUUUUCAACCCCAAAACUCCUGGUUAAUAACGUCUUUGCAUGUGCCAUAGAAAAUAGGUAUCAAAUGUAGUUGUGUUUGAAACCACUGUUGUUAAUAUAAUUUUGACAUCAACUGGUAAAGCGUUAUUGUUGAUGAACAUUCAAACAUUUUGAUUGCUCAAGUGACUGCGUAUAUAAACUAUUAGAUGUGAAAUACUGUUAGGUGAAACAUAUUCAGAUUAAUAAGCUUUAUCGUACUAUUAUGUUAUAAAUGUAGCAUGACAUUAGGGUGUUAUGACUGUUUGUACACAGAUUUGAAAAA